AUGGGUGAAGACAAGCCAUCAAUUGAAAGGCAGAAAAAGAAUGAUCAUGAGGCGGAUACCGAAGGCGACCUUCAGAAACUUUCCGCAAGUGGCGCACACGAUAAGGAAACAAUUGAAACCUCUGGUCAAUCACAAGGAAACGAAACAUCUCAACAAUCAACCUCCAACGAUGGUGAUCAGUCAUCUAAAAGACCCGAAAGACGGGAAACUGAUGAGAAUAAAGUAAUACCGAAAAAUGAUGAUGAAGGAUCAAGGGUGGAGGACGAACUGAUGCAUGAGGAUCCUCAUACUUCAUUUCUACAACCGCCCGCCUCAGACAAACAGCAAUACACAACACCUUCAAAAUCUUUACCCCCACUUAAGGAUCAAGAAACCAUUACAACUCCCAAGUUGUUUGAUGUGGCCCCAGACAAUGAGCAUUCGGAGCUUUACAACUCGACUCAAGAAGUAGCAAGUUCACCAAUAAGAAAUGAUAUUUUGCCACACACUCAUGAUGGUGGUAUUCUUGAAGGGGAGUCAAAAACAGCGUUGAGUAAGUUUCUAUCAAUUGACGAAAAUACGCUUCACGGAGUAAAAAAUCGUCAUAUAUUGAAUGCACUUGUGGCGAAAGCACAUGAGUUUGAAAAAUUACAGACUCAAAACAAUCAAAUCAAAUCAAAGCUCGAAGAGACUUUCACAAACUCAAGAAACACAAUCAGUUCGCUUCAAGAAAAGUAUUCCGAGGCUGAUAACUCGUUGCUUACAUUACGGGAUGAAAAUGCACAAUUAACCUCAAAAUUGAAAAAGCAAGAAGUCAAGGUCAAAGAGCUAGAACUUUCGAAUCAACAAUUGUCCGUGCAAGUUAGUGAGUACAAGAGACUAAGCUCGGAAAAGGCUUUAGAAUUGAGAGAAUUGAAUGAGAAACAAAGUUAUCAAGAAAUUAAACACAUGGAAAAACUUGAGGAGUUAUCAUCUGCAAACGUAGCUCAAAGUAAAAAGUUAAACCAGAUCACAAUGGAGUACAAUAGAUCGGAAAAUGAAAAGUUUGCUAUCAGUUUGCAAUUAACAAAGGCUACAAACGAGGCUAAUUUUUUGAAAGAUCAAAAACUCUGGUAUGAUGAGCAAUUAAAAUCAGCACAACUGAAUUAUACAAGUUUGUUGCAAAAGUACGAAUCGGAGCAGUCACAAUCUGAGUCAAAAGUUAAUAGAUUGAGUGUCAAGUCAGAGAGUCUCGAACAGUUAGUCAAGAGACACGAGAAAACAAUUUCAGAUCUUGAGGCAUCAUUGAAAACUGAGUCUGCCAAAAAGUCUGCUACUGAGUCGAAACUUAGGUCUGUUGAGUCCAAAAUUAUAGAAGAAUCCAACGCAAACCAGGACUUGUUGGAAUUGACUAAGCUUCAAAGCGAACAACGUGCUACACGAAUUGAACAGUUGGAAGCGUACUCCGAAGAGCUCAAAAGGAAAGCGGAUGAAAAUAUAGAUGUUCUUAACUCAACAAUAUCCUCACAAGAGAAAUUGAUUGAUGAAUUGGAAGAAAAGCUUGAAAGGAUGGAAUCGGCACUAAAUGCACAAAUUGGUGACAAGGAACGAAUUCUUGACUCAAAUGAUGAUUCGGAACUUUCUAGAAUUUCAUUACCCAAUUUGUUUGCCGAAUACAACCAUGUGAAGAAACAGCUUACGGUUGAGAGAAUACAAAGGGAAAAGUUGGAAAAGGAAUUGGAGAAUUUUGUCAUUGAGCUCGAUGCUAGAAAACCUGCCAUUGCAAAUUAUAAGGAUCAAAUCCAAUUUUAUGAAACCUUGGUAUCAGAGUUGAAUGUGAAAAUAGACCGUCUUCGUGCUGACAAUGUGGCACUUGAAAAAGAUUGUAAAAAGCUCAAAUCAACGGGCGUUGAUUACGAGAAUGAGAUAAUUUCUUUGAAGCAGGUCGUGAAGGACUUGGGCAGGCAAAUUUGCUAUUUUCUCAUACAUUCGCAUAUUAGAGACAACAACGAUGAACCUCUUGCAUUAAUUGAGAGGAGUAAGAUUGAGAAGAUCCUAGACCGCACGGGCAAUUUUGACGAAUCAUUUGAGUCUGAUUCUGACAAGUUGGUAUCAGAAAGAUUGCUAACAUUCAAGAAUAUUAUUGAGCUUCGACAAAAGAAUCAAGAUUUGCUUACAGCUGUGAGACAAUUGACAAGGAAGUUGGAAAAUUCAGAGGAGGAAAGCAACAAUUUACAAGCCAUAGAAGAGGCUCAAGAGGCUAUAAUGACUUUGGACAGCGAAUUGGAAGGUGCGAAUGCUAAGCUUAUCGCAGUUACAAGUGAGAGAGAUGCUCUUCGAAAACUCAACACUAAAAUGGCAGACGGGGUAGUUGGUGUCAACCAGUCGGUACCAAAUAUAGAGCUAACUAAAAAGAUCGAGGAAUAUGAGUCCGUCAUUAAGAAAAUGAAAGAGGAGUCAGCUGAUACAUUGAAAAAGGCAAAUGAGGAGUUGGAGAAAGUAAAACAGACCAAGAAUGAACUUGCAACACAACUUUCUGUUGCAAACAAGUCCCUCGAAUUGACAGAGGUGAGAUUGUCAACUACUCAGAAAUCGAUUGACUUGGCAGUGGCUGAAAAGAGCCAAGUCAAAUCAGAGUUGGCAUUUUGGAGUAAACAGGCACAAAAAUUGGAAGACCAAUUAAGGCAAAAAUCUCAAGACCUUCGGGAAUUACAAGCAAAUCUUGCGCAGAAUAAUACAUUAUUGGCUACUUUACAACAAGAGAAAGACUUUGCCAAUAGGAUGCAAUUAUCGCUCAAUAACGAGCUCACAUCGUUGAGAGAAGACAAGAUGAAAUUGAAUGAUUUAGUUGUGAAUUUGCAGGCAAUGUUGAGGGAAAGAGAUGAUUCAAUCAAGGAGAUUACCGCAAAACUUAAUGAUUCAACCGAGGCAGCCCAGAAUUUACAGAGAAAGCUCAAUGAACGUGAAGAAAGACUUCAGACUUUGUCUAACCAAUCGGAAAAGACAUUCAAGGCUCAGAACACGAAGUUGGAGCAAAUCAAUGAUUUGAGUUUACAGUUGUUACAUUUGAAGAAUGAGGUAUCGGAGAAGGACAAACGGAUUGUGGAGUUGAACGCCAGAUUGAAGGAUGCAACACUCAAUGCAUACAGUAAACCAGAAGUUAAACAAUUGCAAGAAGAUUUGAAAAGCGCAGGAGACAGGCUUGUGGGGUUGACAAAGUUGGUAAAUGAUAAGGAAACUGCUAUAGCUGACAAGGUUAAAACAUUUCAUGAAGAGAAGACUUCUUGGGAGGCAAAAUACGCUGAGCUUGCCAAGGAGAGGAAAGAUGCAGAUGAUGAGAUUACUACAUUGAAAAAAGCAAAUGAUGACAAGGCACAAGAAUUGGAAAAAGAAAAGGAAAAGUUUGUCGCUGAUUAUAAUGCAUUGCAACGUAAAUUUAUAGAAGUUGAAGGUAAGGCUGUAAAGUUCGACAGUUUGGAAAGAAUAUAUGAAGAUAGACUUGAUGAUGCAAAUGGGAAACUUGAAAAUGAAAAGAAAACAGUGGUUGUUUUGCAGAGUAAGUUGGAUAUGGAGGCUGAAAAGAAUACAUCAUUGGCAGAAGAGAUAAAAACUAUAAAAGACAAAGUGGUAAACAACGAGUAUAUCAUAACCCUGCUUAAGCAGGAAAAAGAAAUAAUUAACAAAAAGUUAAAAGAUUUAGAGGGUGAGCUAAGCGUCAGCAGGUUGGAUUUGGAGAAUGAAAGGAAUCUUGCCAAGACCAAGCGGGCAGAGUUGGAAGAUCAGAAUAGGCUUUUACUUGAUCGUUUGGAGUUGGGUGGAACAUCCGAAAAUGGCGAAGAUGGUGAAUCGAAUAACGUUAAGCAGGUUAUUGAAUAUCUUCGUCGUGAAAAGGAGGGUAGUGAUACCAAGUUAUCAGCAGUUGAGGAAGAAAAUUCAAACUUGAAGGUCAAGAUUGAGAGCAUGGAAAGAGAAAUUACUACUCUCCAUUCAUUGAAGGAUAAUAUAGGCACGUUGAAUUUGAGUGGCAACGAGAAAGAGCAGAAUCAACUUGCAAGUCAGUUGCAACAAAUUAAUAACUUGAAGGAACAUACAAAUGAUCUUGCAUAUGAAAUAAAAAGAAAGGAUGCUGAGCUUGCAAAAUUGAAAACAGAUUUUACUAAAUUGAAAAAUGAGUUAGAUACUGUUAAACAAAGCUCCCAGACACAAAACAAUCAAGUUGGAAUUGAUCAGCAGAAAUUACGCUUACUCGAAGAGGAAAAUGCUCGUCUCAAGGCCAUUUCAACAAAUGCAUUAGCAAAGAAACCGGAGGAACCCAAAGGUCCGCCACCUGAAAUUAUUAGAAUGCAAGAGCAAAUGGAUAAAUUGAAAAACAAAGCUAACGAUAGAAUCAAGACAUUGAAGCAAGAGCACGCCACUAGAGAAAAAGAAAUCAUCGAUUCGAAGGAGAAGGAGUUGAAACAAUUGAAGGAUAAAAUCGACACCUUACAAAGUAAACAAGUUUCUCCUUCCGGUGCUCAAGAUUUGAAAGUUCAACGGAAAGUUGAAGAGUUGAAUAAGCAACUCAAUGUUUUAAAAGAGGAGAAUGGUGGUUUGAUACGUGAAAAGAAUGAGUUGGUCAAGAAAUUGUUUGCGUUGGAGGCGAAAUUAAAGACUGAGUUUAACAAAGAGAAGGAGGAAUUACGCAAAUCGCUCGAGUCUUCAGCCACUGGUGGUAGUGAUUCAAAUGUCUCACUGACCAAGUACAAUGAACUUCAACAGCUUUUGGAUAAGACGAGGAAUGAGGUACAACAGAGAAUUGAACAAGAAAAGACCAAGACAACACAAGAGGUUGAGAAGAAGUUUGAGUUUAAGAUGAAGAUGUUGACAAGAAAAGUUGAAAAGUAUGAAGCUGAAUCGAAAGUGAAACCAUCAUCUCAACCUACGUCACAAUUAACAGCCCAGGAAACAACUCAACCAGUGGCACGUCCAACAACUCAACCACGAGUGGGUGGUUUUCAAAAAAACUCUACCUUUGGUCAAUCAUCGCAAGCCGCACCUGUGCAAGGUGUACAACUGCAACGAAUCGCUCAAUAUCAACUGGGUCAAGCACCAGUGCAACAAUCAACCAAUCAUUCUGGUUUCACGAAAACAAGUACUUUUGGAGCAGGAAGCACAACACCUCAGACAUCAGAACCCUCAUUCACAUCACAACCCAAUACCCAUGUUUCGCAACCAGUUGGUACUACUGGUGCUUCGAAUAAACAAUUACCACUGCACAAACCAAACGAUGUGUCUACUGUGAUACAACCACAAGUGCAAUCACAAGCGCAACCACAAGCGCAACCACAAGCGCAACCACAAGCGCAACCACAAGCGCAAUCAAAAUUGGAAGCUUCAACAUCAAAUGAUGUCUCUGGUGCAUCUAAACCACCCACGCAAAAGGUAGAACCAAAAUCCACAGAAGCUCAAGCUACAAACAAAGAAGAGCAAGAAAAGCAGACACCUAGUGUACAACAGCAGACACCUAGUAUACAACAACAACCACAAACAACGACAACAACGACAACAACAAUUACGCCUCCCAUAACCAAACCGGCCAUUAAAAAACUUUCAAUUGCAUCCCCCAUUGUUCCAGGUUCUGAAUCUGCAUUGGUUGUAAAACGUCCUGAAAUAGCAAGAACUGAACCAAGAAACCCCAAAUUGUCAGAAGAGAAGCAAGGAGGUUCUCCAAUUAAUGAGCGCAAAAGAUCGUUCCAUGAUGAAAGACCAAAAGUUAAAAAGACUAGACAAGGGUAA